AUGAAGCUCAACAGACUAACACUUACAGCUUUGCUGCUUGCUUUCUCUGGCACAGUACUGUCAAAUUCUGAGCCACAUGCUCAUAACAAUAUCAUUACAAUGGGCACCACAACUGCCGAUUGGGAUAUGGUCAAGGCUACACCUUGGGCGGGGGGCCAUGUUCACGGAGUACCAAUCCUCAACACAACGCUAACGUUGGGGCAACAAAAGUAUUGGAAAAGCUACAACACCACUACUUAUCUUACGCUGGACAGUCCAUACAGCCCUUACGUUCACCUUCACCUAGUGCUCCUUUUUGUCUCGGCCUUUGUCUUCUAUCCGUUCGUGCUCGUGCUCAACAACCUUGAGUCAAACUGGUUCUUGCCACUCCUGGCCGUGCAGGCGUCGCUUUCGGUCGUGUCGUGCAUCCUCUACUCGGUGUUCAUCAACAACGUGCCGGACUUGUAUCCCAACAUGGCGUACACGAAGAUGGUGACGGGCUGGUUUGUGCUCACGCUCCUGCAGGCCCUCUUUGCCGUGGUGAACUCCGUCCGCAGAUGGCUGCCUUCAAACAACAGCAUAUCAGGGUUUCAGCCAUUUCCUACCACCGACUCUAGCCAUUACACUGAUGACGUUGUUAACAAUUCUAGCCUCUCAAACGAAGCCGCUUCAACAAGCAUUCAACUGGAGGACUUCUUCACCCCUUCGUCCAAUCUUUUGGCGAACAGCAUGGAGGGCCUGAACUCCAGUUUCAAUAGCGACAGCUCUCUCAGGAUCCCAUCGGGAUUGGACACAGACUUUUCUUCAGCUUUGACAACAAAAGUCAAAAGUUACAGUAGCCUACUUGGACAAACUAUUUCAAGAAUUUUGUACACCUUGGCUUUUUCCUUCGGCUCUCUUUUUACAAUUCUUCACAACGUUACCACCUGGGCUUUACUUGCAUACUUUUUUGUACUUUUUCCAACUGGUCUUUCGUGCUUGAGCUUGCUAGGUAAGGAACGAAGGGUUUUUAAUUUAUUGGCCCACCUUAUCAAGGGCGGUAUUUUCUUCAUACUCGGCUUGGUCUCCUUAGCCCGUUAUUGCGGUUGCUUUGCAGGAAUUGCGGGAGCAUGGAAUUACGCAUACGUUGAUUUAGACAGCAACAAGUCACAGGAGAGCUCAACUGUUUCCGAAACGGACCGUGUCAUGUCAGGAAUGGGAGGAACAGGCUCAGGUGGUUCAAACGUUUCCCACUCUGUCUGGAUCAGGUUCCACCAAGCACUCAAUUCUUACGAAAACAGGGGCGGAGGCUUGAUCUGCAGCUUUGAGGCUAUUGAGUCUUUCCUUAUUUUUUCUAUGCAUUUAGGCUCCAGGGACGGUUCAUGGAGCGCUAUGGAUUUGCAGCACGUCUCAAUUGCUUUUAUGUACUUUGGUGCAGGACUGUGUGGUCUUGUAACCGAGCUAAAGCUAUCUUCUUGGAGGCGUUCAUUAUUCUUCAACGUUGCAGGUAAGCAACUUGAGAUUGCUGAAAACAUUAAACUUGACGAUGACUUGACUGCUGAUGAAAAGCUCCGAAUUAUAGGAUCGAAGAAAAUGAUUACUCCAGGUUUCUCACCUAACCCCUUCCCAGUAUUCACAAUCUUCUGGACAGGAGUGUUGAUGUCCAAGCACGCCCAAGCGUCAGCCUUGUCUUCUGCAAUUCACGUCCAAUGGGGAUCACUUUUAACAUACGGUUCUUUCUUCCGUGUCUGUACGUUUUUACUCAUGUCAUACUAUCCUCUACAUGGCUCGAAAGAAUGCUUCCUACCAUCCAGGCCAUUCACAGAGCUUGUUACCAGUUUCUGCUUGCUCUGUGGUGGUAUGGUUUUUAUGGAAAGCACCGACCAAGUGGUUGAAGCUCUAGCGUACAGGGGCUUGACUCCGAUGUUCACUCUCAAUGUAAGUGUUGGAAUCGCCAGCUUGAUAAUGGCUUGGGUUAUGCUUAUUUUUGCCGUUAAAGACAGAAUGAGAGCUGAACAAUUGGCUAAAUAGAUUAUACCUGUUCAAAUAACGUUACUAACCACCUUCUUAUUCACUAAGUUUAUGUGUUUUUAUUUUCCCUGGUUGUUGAACCUUGCACUUAAAACUUGUAAUAUGU